AAUUUUAUUUAUGAACAAUCUUUAAUUAGGUGUUUGUUUCAAUUUUUUAUUUCGUGAUUAUUGCUCCAAAAUGCAGAUUGUUGUUGCAUAAUCAAGAAAAGUAUGUUGCUCUCUUAUAAACCAAGAUUCUCUUGGUAUAUCUAGCCUUAUUACAGGUGUUUCACGUUACCUGGGCAACACCCUCAAGUCAAAAGCUUCUUUCAAGCCAGUUCUGAGAUUUAACACAUAAUAAGCAGACCAUGUUUUUGGAACCAAUAAUGUAUUGUCAUCAUAAAAGUUGAAUAUAAUUAACAGUGACAUCUUAUAUAAUAUUAGUAAUUAUUUCUGCUUUUAUAUAAUAACGUAACGUUCAUCAACUUGAUUCUCGAAGGUAACUUGAAAAAGGGCUGGAGCCGAGUUGAAAUUUUCCUUAAGACAACCGACGAUUCCGCUUAAAGUCAAAAAUAACCUUUGCGCGCGUAUCGACUUUUGAUUGGUCGGGUUAAACUAAGAUGGCGCGUAAGCACCGUACUUCAAUAUCCGUUACCUGGACUAGUGCAAUUCAUUCAUAAGUUGUAUACAAUCUUUUAGGUUAUCCUUAUAAUUGUCUUCUUAAAUCCCCUGCUUCAAACACAAAGAGUUUCGCCCAAAUUGGGGAUCACGUUCAAUCUAUUUUCUCUGUUGAUUGUAUAGAUCAUGUCGCGUGACAGGUGCUCACUGUUUUCAUCUGGUACCUUCAAAGUUUCAAAGCUUAUUGAAGCUUAUUGGGAACCCCAGCAAUGUCGAGAGGAAUCAUCCCUCCAAAAGAGAGGAGGUGGUGGUGGAGAUACAGCAAGUGUGGAGAGAGACGAGGGAGUUAUCACCAUGACUACCACUGGAGCCCAGUAUGCUCUCACAGCAUCCGCUGGAACUACCAAUGGCAGGGGUAGUUCCGGCACAGUGGGGGCUGAUGUCAAACCGAACGUCGUUGUCGUGACUACCUCUAGCUCCAGUGGCAGUGGUAGUGCUGCACAGAGUCAGUCCACUAGAGGUCAACAACUUAUCACUGUGGUCACAAGUACUGACCCUUCAAGUCCGAACAACCUUCAACCCAUUCAGUUAUUGGUUCAGGAUCCGCUUGAAACAGCUGCAGAUUCUUCAAACGGCUCGUCAGGUACCCCCGCGCAUGUCACGGCACAAGUCGUAGUUAAUACUACUCAUACGGCCCAGCACACGCUUGUCGACUCCGACGUCGCCUCCACGUCUGCCGGAACUAUCGUCAGCGGAUCACCGCACUACAUCACUGUUACAGGCACCAGUGAUUCACCGUCGUACGCAUCCCUCACAACGGCUGUAGUGUCAGGCGAAGCCGAGGCAGUGGGUUCCGAAUCAGUUUCUCACCCAACUUAUGUCCAGUAUGUCGAGGGGGAUACUUCAACGUAUAUACCGGCAAAUGGACAGAUGACAUAUCCUGUUUAUGCUGUCGGCGAGGCGGGAGCAAUGUAUACUCCCGCCUCGAAUCAGUACUAUACACCGGCUUCUACUCCAGUCACGUACGCUCAGGUUACUGGGCAAGGCUCGAAUACCACAACCGGACAACUUCUUUCUCAGGGCAACGGCACCUAUUUAAUUCAACAAAGUGUUGUUGAUGGAGAUCCAACAACACACGCACUUAUAUCAGCCGCUGCUGCCGCACGUACGAGUCCGCAGACUGAAAGUGCGGAGGCUGUGGUUAGCGGUGGUGGCGGGACAUACUUGAUCGGCGGUAAUUCGGGCGGCACUGCGGUCAGCGUGGAAGAGGCUGCUGCCGCCGCAGCCAACAUGACGCAUGCCACUAGAGUCUCCCAGGCCACCGUAAGCCAUAUCGACUCCCCAUUUGUGCAGUGGCUUCUUGAGAACUACGAGACUGCUGACGGUGUUUCCUUGCCUAGAUCCACUUUGUACAAUCACUACCUCCGUCAUUGUUCUGACAACAAGCUGGAUCCCGUGAAUGCUGCAAGCUUUGGAAAGUUAAUUCGUUCCGUAUUCCUUGGACUGAGAACAAGACGUCUUGGAACACGGGGUAAUUCCAAAUAUCAUUAUUACGGGAUUCGCGUCAAGCCAAGCUCCCCGUUAAUUAUGCUGAACGAGGAUGGAACAUCCAGACAGCAACCUACGACAAAUGCUCAGACGAAACGAUUUAAAUUCGUUAAUCAAAAGCAGGAAUCAACAUAUGACAGCAACGCACACUCAAAUACAAAUAUUUCUUCCAACACAUCACCACCGCAGUAUCAUCAGUACCUUGGAGAGGCGAGUGGAGCUAUUCCUGAGUUUCCUGAAAUUGUCGUUGGACAUGGUUCAUCUCUACCCGAGGAUUGUACUUUGGAGGACAUAGACACAUUCCGCAGCAUAUACAGGGAGCACUGCGAGGCCUUUUUGGAUGCUGUGCUCAACUUUGAAUUUGCCACAGUGGAGAGUCUCUGGCGGGAAUUUUGGCGCAGCCAAGACAACAAUAACGGUGAUGAGUGCGAGGAGGAGAAAUAUUUAUCAAAGACAAAACUUUAUCAGAUGUGCAAGUGUUCUGAGGUUCAGGACUUCAUCAGAAGGGUUGAUUACACGUUCUAUCAAAAUCUUGUCGAAGUACUCAUGCCUGACGUACUACGACCUAUUCCAAGUUCGCUGACACAGUCUAUCAGAAAUUUUGCCAAGGGUCUUGAGUCGUGGCUGACAUCUGCCAUGAACGACUGUCCUGAGGAAAUGAUGCAGAUCAAGUUGACUGCUGUGUCGGCCUUUGCUCAAACUUUAAGACGAUACACAUCAUUGAAUCAUCUGGCGCAGGCAGCACGAGCUGUGCUUCAGAAUUCUAGUCAAAUUAAUCAAAUGCUAGCAGAUCUGAAUCGUGUUGAUUUUCACAAUGUACAGGAGCAGGCAUCGUGGGUGUGCCAGUGCGAUUACGCAGUUGUGCAACGUUUAGAGGCUGACUUCAAGGUCACUUUACAACAACAAAAUUCAUUAGAACAAUGGGCUGUCUGGUUGAAGGGUGUAGUGACUCAAGUGCUUAAACCAUACGAAGGAAAACCUACAUUUGCAAAAGCUGCACGACAAUUUCUGCUCAAAUGGUCCUUUUACAGCUCCAUGGUUAUUCGUGAUCUGACACUGAGAAGUGCUGCUAGUUUCGGAUCUUUUCAUCUGAUUCGGCUGCUCUACGAUGAAUAUAUGUUUUAUUUAAUUGAACAUCAAGUCGCCAUUGCCACUGGAACAACACCGAUCGCGGUAAUGGGUGAUAAAAGUCAGAAUUGCUCAUUGGUCAAUACUUUCGGAACUACAUCUAACGGAGAUACGUCAAAUAGCAGUCAAUCUAAGCGCAUGAAACUGAGCUAACUGCGUGCCUGCGCGCUGUAGACUGUGAGUAAACGAAAGAUAAAGAGAGAAGGAUAAAAGAAGAAACGAAAGUGAACGAAGAGUACACGAAUUGAAUGAUAUAAGUAAAACUAGCCCGAAAACAUACAGGCCUACUAAAUACAAGCUAGUCCCGUAAAUUAUUAUUUUAUAUAAUGACAAAGUAAAAGAAAAAUGGUAACUUAUCGUAAACGAUAGCUACGAAGAUUUUUACACAACGCCCACGACGAAUACAAUUUAAAUAAGUUUUGUGUGAUAUAAGGUAAUAGGAUAUACAUUGCAAAGCCUUCUCAUAUAUUAAAUACAACGCGAGGUUCGAGGUUAUUAUCUCUUGCGUUAAAAUAUAAGCGAAUUAGUAUACCACAUCUAGUCGGAAUGUCUUUGGUAAAUGUAUUGGGACCAUGAAAAGAUUCAUGCUCUCUCUCAGUAAGCGCCAUAAAUGAAGAAAAUCCUUUGCUCCGUCCUUUUUCUCUCUUUUAAUUUUUCCUUUUCCAUCGUGUUUCUCUAAGCAGCUGUUACUUUUAUAUCCCAUUGCGCAGUGCCGGCACAAGCAUAUUACUGUACAGAGAAUCGAGGAGAACGUGCAAUUAAUUAUCCUGAUACUGCAUUCUUACACAAAAUUGCAAAUGCAGAGAUAGAUGUAAAUGAGUGACGUGUCACGAUGGAAAAUGGGGAGAGAAGGGUGCGAGUUUGAAUGUUGACAGCGUGCAUCAACAAAGAAUUAUAAAAGAGAGGAGAAAGUUUAAGACGUUGAAAAAAAAGAACAGUGAGAAAAAAAAUGGUACAAUGGUAUUCAAACGCACCGCGAUUAUCUCGUCGAAUAAUUUUUCCAUGUCUUCCAGCUUUCCUUUCCUCUCUUUACUAAUGAUCAAUAUCGUCGGCACAAACUUCCCUUUAAGGUUCACGAAAUCCGCCCUUAUAUAAAUGGUUACUGUCAGAUAUUCCUAUUCAAGCAGAAGCGAAUCUAGCCUAGUUCGUAACGCUGAUGUAGACGUAUAUACGAAACUUUAAGUAGAUUCCAAUUAUUCAUAUUUUUUAUCGCAGUCAUACGAGGAUACAUCGAGCUAGACAUGAUUCUUUUUUUUUCCUUUUCUUUUAUUAAGAAAUGAUAGAAUCAAAGAGAGACGAAUGACAUAGGUUAUAUGGCGCGCGCGCACGUCUCUUUAUGACGGCAUAUGGAUCAUCGUAAUAGAAGCUACGUGUUGUAUUCUAUUGUCAAGCCAUUAAGAGGCGUGUUUGAGCAAUUUGCUUUCUUUGUAAAUAAUCAAUUUAUCUUCGACAGGCAGUAAAAGCGCAAGAUUUUUUGAAGUUUAAGGGUAAUUAAUAGGUCAUGAUAUGUCGCGAGGGUCACGAGUGUCCGCGAACGGCGAAUAUAUACUUUAUUUUGCUUAUAUAUACAACACACACAAACAUAUAUCUAUUGUUAAAUUACGCAUGCAUUAUCGAUAUUAUUAUUUGCAUUGUGCCGCGGUCGCUCGUUUUUAUGUUGCGUUAAAUUUGUUACUUGCUCAACAAUCUGAUUUUGUCGAACAAUUGUCACCUCGAUGCGACAUUAUUUAAGACGUGUCACGGCGAUACGUGCUCUUCGUCGAAUUUUGAACUUACACGGGGAUUUGCAUGAUUCCUUUGUAACAUAGAUUGUUAAAACUUAAUUCGUAUACUGGACAAAUUAAAUGUUGUAUUCUGUUUUUCGACGCUCUUUGUAUUAUUGAAUUGUCUUUAUAAGAUGACUGCGCGCGACCAUAACUUAUGGGUUAUGCUACAGUGAAGAAGAAAGAAAGAAGAGUAUCGAGACUGUCGCGUGGCGUCAUUAGUCGUUUAUGUAUUUCUCGAUUAUAUUCAACGGGCGGGUAGACAACGCGUGGUUUUUCUUUCUCAUUUUCUCUUAUUCUGCACUUUUGAGAUAUCGGAUAUUACAUUAUUACUACAGACGAGCGACACCAAGUGUCCUCGUGUACAAACUGUUGUUUAAUUUUCUUCUUGUUUCUUUUUAUUUUUCUCUACAAUUAUUCACAAUUCCAAACGGCCUUAAACGCAUCGAUACUUAUUGCGACUGUAUCCAAAUCAUCGAAAACCACUUAAGCUACCAAUCGAAUUGGUAAACACGAACUGUAUACAACAUAUGGAUUUAAAAGAGUAAGAGCCGUGUGCGAAAAACAGAGAAUGAGAAUGUGAGUGAGAGUGAAAGAUAAAGAAAAAUUGAAAAAUCCUAAUUCGGAAAUAUAUCAUGGUUCUGUCGUGGCUCAUUGUUUUUGGAAUUGAGGUACAGGGCAGUUUAAUGUACGACGAUGUAUUGUUCGUCGGUUACGUAUUAUUAUUAUCAUUACUAUUAUAUUAUUAUCUAGUUUUUUAAUAUUUGUCUCAUCUGCUCCGCGAGUUACCAUACGGUUAGCGACUGCUAUUUACGAAGAUUACGUCAGGUACCUACAGGGUAAGCGAUGAAACCAUAGCGGGAUUGUAAUUAAUUCGAUGUAAAAUUCUUGUACGAUCGGUGCUCGCUAGUCUCAUCUCUGUUUUCUGUAAAAUGCCUUUACACGUGAUCUUAGAUCAUUAGCGUUUAUCUGCGACUAAGGUUAUUCGAGUGCGCGUACUCUAUUUUUAAGCUCAGAAAGUACAUAUAACGUUUUUCGAAUUUGUUCUUUUCUUUUGGAACUUGUGCGCCGCACGUAGCGAAUUCGGUGCUUGGUAUGUGAUCCGAAAUCCUACAUUCCUGCUAUGUCAACGAGACAGACUGAGAAACUUUGGCAUUAUUGUUAGAAAGAGGAAACAAAAAAUGUCGGAGGAAAUGUUACAAAAUGUUUUUUUUUUUUUUUUCGUUCUUGAUUCUCUACACGUGACGCUCUUUGUGGGGUAUCUUUAGUGCGUAGCUUUUAAGAGACAGGCAUUGAUCCGCGGACGGUGAUUAAUUUCUUUUUUCUGUUCUUAUGGAGAAAUAUCGAGCGAGGACGCACUGCUGUGUCUCUACAAUAAUUGUCAGGAAACGUAUGAGUGUAUACGAAUUUUUUUUUUAGAAAUUUGUCGCUCAAUGAGCACCGUACUCGUAGGAUAGACAGGUGCAAUUCGAAUUGAAUAAGUGCACGAGAUGGAAAUUGUCAAAAGACGAGGAUAAACGAGAUAUCCUGUUCACUGAAUGUUCCUCAAUGUGCAGUGUACACUAUGAUAAUUAAUGUCGAGUUAGAGUCAUUGUAAGAACGUAAUUUAGGUUUUGAAUGACUUCUUGAGAAGAGGGGUAUACUUGGUAAUCGGUUGAGAAGGAGGCAAAGAAGUGUUUCGAUAAUAAUAUCCCUAGGAGAACGUGACUUCAAUUAGGACAGUUUAACGUUUAGAAAUGAAUCUCUUUGCUUGCAUUAUAAUAUAGGAUAAGGUAGAGGAAGUACAGAUUGAUACAAUUGACCGUUAACGUUACUUAUGUCUUUGUUUUUUUUUUUUAAAUUAAUUUAUUCAUUUGGAGAAAUCUCACUGUUGACUGCAAUCCAAACGUUAAUUCAAUCCUAUUGGAGUCACGUAAUGCGAGUACCGAUCCUGGUUCUCGAUUAUUGCGCCUUGGUAUUCGCAACGUGGUUUUACGAAUCUAGAAUUAUGUUUAUUGUAUUUGUAUAGUGGCAUCACGUACUACUAGUCAAACUCCAUAGGAUAAGUUGAAAACAGGGAUUGAAUAGUACACAGUGCGUAAGGACACGGAGGAGGCUCCCGGAGAUAGGCGUAUAGUUGUGCACUUUUGAAAGCAAAAAAGGAGGAAAAUAUAGAAAAAAAUAUAAAACAGAGUUGAGGGAGGGGAGAACAUUUCCAUAAAUAUAAUGAGCUUAUAUGUGUAAAAACUAUCGAUACCUAAGUGUACCUAAUAAUAAGUAAUCGCUUAUUUUACAAAUAGAUCCCUAAAUUAUUCUAGGCAACAGGUGUCUAAGAGUUUUAGUGGCAAGCGUAUUGGAUAUGAAAAAGAACGUUUUUGUGUGUUAUUGUUGUAAUUAUUAAUCUUAAACAGUGACGAUCUUAGAGCGUUUGAAAAGUUUGUUUUUCUUUCUAUAUUUGAAUUUAGAAAAUUGAUUCUGUUUAAUUGCUAUAUUUGUUUGGCAGGUGUAAAGAACAUGCCAGAUAUCAUUGGUAGGAUGGAAAUUAUUUCAUUUUUGCGGAAAUUCUUUUAAUUUUUUCAUAUCCAUUACUCUUUGCUUCUGCUCUCUUGGACGUGGUCCGAGGUUUUAUAUUUUUCAUAACUGUCGAAAGGCAUAUAAGAAUGGAUAGCCUAUCCGAGUGACAAUGGCGAAGAAUCAAACACACUGAACAGUCUCCUGUGUUGCGGGAUAAGCAAAACGGCCUUAAAUAUUUCCAAAUGUAAAAAAAGUCUCACUGUCCUCCUUAUAGAAGCGGGCCAUUGAGAACCGUUUGGUCGGAGGCAAAUGAGAAAACGAUUAGUCCACUUAAAGAAUGAUAAGACAGGAGAUAAUGGUGAAAAAGAGGUGUAUCGUUUUCCUUACGACGUAUAGAAGAUAUUUUGAUACCUCCCAAUUUGCACAAACCAAAAAAAAAAAGAAAUUCAUUACUGCUGGAAUAAGAUUAUUUUUAUCGAAUGCAGCUCAAAGUAACACCUUAUUGUAUGAAUUAUGUGAGGUAUAUGAUGCUCUAAGGACUGUGUGAAGUGUGCGAAUCACAGAAAUUGAAAUAAAUAAUAAAUAUAUGUUUAAAACUCAAAAA